GGGGGUCGUUGUGAGUACUCUCUCUUCUCCGUCUUGGAGAGGUGUGUAGGCUGAGUGCAAUUUUACUAAAAGAAAGACAAGGCAGACAAGAAAGUGACUUCAGAGGAAAUACCUGAAAAGAGCUGCACAUCUUUCGAGGAUAUUUUGAAGACAUUCAAACAGAUUUAAGGUGGAACUGUCAGUGAUUCAGCUUUCCUUAAGUACAUAUUAGACAUGCGAGCAAAUGGCAGAUAUCACUGACCCCUGAUGAGAGAGCAUGCUCACUUUUGAGGACUUUUAAGGGAAGCCAACAGUCGUGAAGAAAAAUUCUCGCUGUCCUCCAGACUGCUGUUUCUUGGAGGGACCCGAUAAUGAGGUGUCUUUUUUAACAUUAAAAAAAGAAAAUCAGCCAAGAUAACUGCUCUCCAGGGAAGACUAAAGUUUACUUAGUUGAGAAGCUUUGAGGCAGCAGAAUAUUCCUUUAACAGUUUGAAGGUUUAAAGUAGAUUUGGAAAGAUACAGGUUCUUUUACUGUAUUUCACUGGAAUAGAAUUGAAUAUUUCUGGUUAAUUUGCAGAUAUAUUUUUUGUCACCAAUUCUCCAUAGACGUACACUACUUUCAGACAACUUGUGAUCCAACUGUCGACAUGCACUGCUGGAUAUUUGUUAACUCCAAGGAUAUGAUCAUUCACCAUUGAUUGUUUUUGUCUUCUACUAAAUUGCUAACAACCAUAGCAGAGAGGGACCGAGAGGCAAAAUCUAGUUCUCUUGCAUUGCCUUUCAAAUUUCACCAGCCAGUCUUUAUUUAUAGAAUUAAACAAGGAAAGUAAAGAAAGGGAGAUGGCACAGAAAGAGGGAGGAACAGAGCAGGGGUGUGUCAAGACAGGGGACAAUCUGGGGGGCAAAGCCAUGGCCGGGGGCCCUACGGCGGGUGGAGGAGUGGUGGUGGAGGUCAGGGAGAAGAAGGGACCACUGCGGGCUGCGAUACCCACGAUGCCUUUCCCCCUGGCCGUUAUCUGUCUGUUUCUGAACACCUUUAUACCUGGACUCGGUACGUUCAUCUCAGCGUUCACAGUGCUGUGUGGAGCUCGCAAUGAGCUGAUCACAGAGCGAGGAGUGUGCUGUGUGUUCUGGCUCAACGUGGCAGCAGCCCUGAUCCAGAUACUGACCGCUGUUAUCAUGGUUGGAUGGAUCAUGAGCAUCUUCUGGGGAAUGGACAUGGUCAUCCUGGCAAUCUCUGAUGGCUGUAGAGACCAGGGCAUUGCCCAAGAUGUCUGAGAGGUGUUGCUCUCACGUUAGCUGAUGGAUUACACGGACAGUUUGAUCUCUUUAACAUCCCUGAAGCCUGAUGGUGACCUUCAUGCUGAGCAGCUGCUGACAGCAGAGAGAGGCCAAGAAAUGAUUCAUACACUCAAUCAAGUGACUGCUCUUUGUGAAAAAAAUCGUAGAUUGCUGGCUGCCGAUUGGUCAACACCAGGUCGCAUUUACAUUAACAACAAACAGGAUGGGAAGAAGAGACUUAAACUGUAAAUUCAGAGGAAAUACAAUGGAUAAGAUAAACUUUUUGUUUCUAUUUUGUUGAGUAAUUGUAACUGAUUUUUGAAUUUUGUUUUCACUAUUUUUUAUUUGAUCUAUGAAACUAUAAAUCUGUAGUAGGUUGACUCUAUACAUUAUUUCCUACAUGACAUGAUGGAGUAAAUGAAGAACAAGGUAUAAUUUAUAAGCAUGAUGAGCUGAGACCAUUAAAUCAUUAAUUUGUUUUGUAUUUCUGUAUUUUUGCUGCGUGAUGUUUACCAGAACCAAGACAAAAAACAAAAAACAACCUGUGCCAAAAUUCUGUACAUAACAGUGUAACAGAUGUAUUUAACUCAGUGAUGCAUGAGAUGUUAUUGGGCUUAAAACAGAUGAAAUGCUCCUUGACUGGCGACAGCAGGGGGCAGUGCAAAAAGUUUUUCUUCUAUUGUCCAUCUUGUGUUGCAUAGUUUUCAGCCGUUUUAACUGUUUUUCUCUGGAGCCAAAGUGUUGCGUAUGUGUCACCUGCACCUCCAGGAGGCCCCGGUUACCAUAGCAACUUGUUGCUCGCCCAAUUCUUUUCUCCUCUCUCUCUCUUUACUGAAGUCCAUCAGUCUGUUCACUUGUCUUUUCUCCCUUCUCGACUUUCAGCUUUUCUUUAUGCUUUGAUCUCAUUUUUAAGCUUUCCUUUCUUUCUUUCCCACUCGCUUUCCUCCUUAUAUUUUGAGCGAUACUUCAAGCUGAACUCAUCCACGAACUUUCAAGCCUUUUGCACUCUGUGUGCUUGACUGCUUGAACUUAUCUCACUUUGUUUGCUUCCUUCACAGUUAAACAUACCCCUCAUUAAUGCAUUCUGUCUUACGUUUUUCCACUGAAAUCCAGCUCCCUUCAUUUCUUCAUCUCCCUUCAUACACAGUAUUUUGUGCUGAGUAUUUAUCAUUUGACCAAUCUUACUGUCCUUUAAGAGCCUACACUUAAAUUGACGCUUCAAUAGUAAAUGUCAGGUAAAACGAAGCUUAAAGUUUUCUGUAUGUUCCAUGUCACUGCUUUUCUUUGCUUCCUUCAAAUUUCAACAUUUUUCUCCUCAAGGCUUUUUAUCUUAAGAUCUUCUAUUGAAAUGUGGCUCCUUUCAUAUCAGGCAAUAUGUUUCAGCACUCAAUUCUUUUUUGGCAAAGAUUGUUAUGUUCCAGAGCCUUAAGCAAUUAAGCUAAUCUCUCAGAUGUCAGUAUAAAUUAUUCCUUUAGAACUUUGGCAUUUUAUUUCUACUUCUCACUUUGUAUUAAACCUUCCACUGUUUAGUGAUGCUUUUGAGCUCUCAGCUUCUUUAGAUAAUGAAGUUAAGCUCCCAACUUCAGCUUUUCUUUUCAUCUUCAGGGAUUAUUCAGCAUUGCAACAUAGCCUUCAGCUGUUUCAGCAAUACAUUUCAGGAAUCUUCAGCAGUGCUGUGGCAAUUCUUUCAGCAGACAGCAUUCACAUGCAUUUUCUAGUAUCACUCUGCUCUCAUAAAGGGACAAGUCAAGAAAUUUCAAAAUUAAAUCAAUAGUCUAAAUACACAGAAAUAGCAGCCAAAAUUGUUUCAGUUGAUCUGUCAGGGUUUAACACCAGAUGUCUUUUUAAGAAUUAUGUAAUACUCAUGUUGUAGACUAGAAGUAUCAUAGCUUGUCUGCAGUCUAUGAGGACUAUCUGUAAUAUAAGCUGAAUAUAUUCAGCCUCUUUGACUCAUGAAAGCACAACUGGCCACACAACAUUUACAGUAUGCUCUUCACAAAAUAAACAACCAUAGUGCAAACCAAGCUAGUGCAAUUAAAGUAAACAAAUGAAACGUUUCUAUAAAACUUCACAUUGUUGAUCUCAGCUCUUAGAUCAGGUGAGAGCCAAGCUUUUCCCAUCAUUCCCUGAGGUCUUACAGUUGACAGAGAGAGGAUGUAAGCAUCAAGUUGGACAGACUCUAACAACCAUGCAUUGUGGCUCGUCUCUAAUGAGCCUGAUGUUUCCAGAGUAACCAGUUUCCAUUGUCCCUGAACUGGCUGCCUGGUGUAGCUGCCACUCUGUGUAAAGCAGUUUAUUUCAGUGUUAGAUGUAAGUGGUUAAUUAAGAGUUUUACUGUUGCUGUUUACUGUUUUAUACCUGACUUUACCAUUAGCCUCUAUUGUGGCCUUUCCAUCAUGAUACCGACACCUUACUGCUGCUCUGAAAAGGUACUUUUAGUGGUUCAGGGUUCUGACUUAUAACCAUGCUCAAUUUGCUCAAAUUUCUUAGGAAAACAGUGUUUAUAUAUAAAAAUGUUCUGUACCUGAUGUUGUCAUAUUCAACACCAGUCACUAACUGAGACAUUCACUGCAUAUAGAAUCAUAAAUUACUCAAGCAGUGACCGUGGAACAAACAUGUCUUCCUUUGAAACUUGGAGCAUGCGAUCAAAUUAUAAAUGACUCUGAUACUUAGUAUUCACUGUAGACAGUUUGAGUGAAAACCUGAAUAUGAUGAAGGUAUUUGCAACCUUGUAGAUACAAUAGCUUUCUUGCAGUGCUUUAACAGCAAACACGUCUUUAACAUGCCUCACUGUAUCUCACUGUCACAUGAUACGUGUUAACCCAAAUCUACAGAGUUCUGUUGAAAAUGAUUCAUCCUGCCUGAUUAUGGUCUGAUGUCAAUUUUCAUAUCUUUUGAAUAUGUAAAUCAGUGUCAAAAUGAUAUUACACAUCAAUAAAACAUUACUGACAGAGCUGAACAUAUGACUGGCUUAAAGUAAUGUCGCUGAGGCUUGUGAGAGAGGUCCUUUGUUUGAACAGCUGGUUUUGGCUCUUUUGCAUUUUCAGAUGAGCGCUGCUGUGAGUCAGCAACUCCCAUAUGGUUGUCAAAAGAAAAAGGUUGUCAAAUUCACAAUUUACGUCAAGUACAAAGCCAAAAUGUGUACAUUAUGUAUAUAUUCAUGUGUGGGUGCUUGUGUAUAUGAUUGAUUGUGUGCAAUAUGGAGACAGGAAAAUAUAUAAUGAUCUGUAUGUCAUAAAUAAAUGUGGACACUUACCCAUCCAUCCAUUAGCUGUAUUGCUUAUCCUUCAGAGGGCUGGAGCUGAGUCCAGCUGACCAGACAAUUUGUGUACUAAACUCAGAAAGUAUGUGUACUAUUUAACACAACUGACCUGGAACUGCUGAUCCGGCCGGGGCAUUCCCAUGAUACCACAUUAGGCUUCUCGAGAACUGUAUCACUGGCUUAUUUCCCAGAUAAAUAUCCAAGUGUAUCAAAAGUCAAACAGUCUUCAGCAAAAUGAAUUAAACCAACGAGCAUGAGCUAUAACACCAGUGUUGAGCAGGGCACUGAGGCAUUUGACAGAAUGCUCCUCAGAAACAAAAAUGCACAUUAUACCAGUCUUAUGAUGUGGAGCAGACUCUGCAAAUGUCAGGCAGCAUUUCUGCAGGAAGGUUUAGAUACGUUUAUGCAUGGCAACAUCUUAAUGUCAUUGGUGCCUCUACAGAAAUGUGCUGUCAUUUUUUUUUCUACUGAUGUCUCAUCCAAAUGCCUUUUUGAGAGUUCUGCUGUAUUUCGGAAGACAAUAUGAGUGUUUUUUUUACGUUUUAACUGUGUAUAUGUUGCAGUGUUUGUGUGUGAGAGAAAGAUGAAGAUCUCUGUAAUGGUAUUUUAUGCCUUACAAAUGACGGUGUUCUCCCACAAGUGUUUUAUGUAGCAGUCAUGCUUGAGUUAACUUAUUUUGUUUGAGUUUGCAUGCAGUUUGUUACUGUUUAUUUUUUCAAUUUUACUUGGACACUGUAUUGUAAUCAGACCUUCUGUUCUGUUCUCCCUUACAGUAAGUGUUCAGGGGAAAUACUGAUUCAUUGUAAUGUUUUUUUAAUGAUGAUGGUGUUGUGCUAACAUUUCAAUUGUACAGUGAACAUACUGCCAUAUACCGAUUUUGCAUGCAUAACUUCAGUUUCAAAUGAUUGUAUUACACAUACACGCACAUUUCAAAUUGUAGCUUAAUAAUGUUACAUUGCAAUAUAUUGUUUUAUUUUAAGCCAUUUGAGGUGUCUGAUACAAACUCUCGCAAUUAAAACAUACUGGUUCUAUUUACUGAAUACUUGUUAUGAAAUGGUGCACAUUUGUCAUAUAAUGUAAAUCAGUAUUAACUGUAAUCAGUAGGUGCAAACUUUACAUAAAGAAUAGUGUAUAUUCUGGUGCUGAUGUGUUUUCAAGGACUCCUCAGAAUUCAGCGUUGCAGGAGGGGCCAGUGUUUCCUGUUUCCUCUGUUGCAGCAGACAAUUCAUCCUCUGAGACUAACAGACGAGCAGAUUGUUUAUGCUGAGAUUCUGCAGGCUCAUGACAAAAUACUCAGCAAUCAUGAAGUAGCACUUAGCCUUGUAGGUACAAUAUGUGCAAAU